AUGGCAGGCACCGAUCACCACCAAAAUACCAGGCUUGAAAUCCCGACCACCAGAGUAUGGACACCCGAGCACGGUUACCCCAGAAGGGGGGUAAGGCGUGUCGUCAAAGUUAUUGCCGCCGAGAAGUCUACCCCCGACUGUCCCGACCUCAAAAUCCUCGACCAUUUCCGCGAUGUCGACCGUUCCACCCUCGACACCUUUGGCAUCUGCCUUCCAAUCGAACAUUUCUGGCUGACCGGCCCCAACGGCCGGCAUUUGGCCCUCGUUUUUCCCUGGCACGACUGCACACUCGAGACUAUUCCCGACUACUACAGCUUCCAUACCGCCCUGAUCAAGGACAUGGCCUUUGAGCUCGCUGAAUCUCUGCGCUUCAUGCACUCGCAAGGACUUUGUCAUGGCGACUUCCGACCCUGCAACAUCCUCCUCCGUCUCUGUGACGGCGCCGACUCCCUUCCCGAAGAAGCCCUCUUUAAAGCGUUUUACAACGGCGACAAGCCCAACACCGGCCGCGUCAUCUCCCUCGAAGAUAUAAAGCCCGUCACACGCGCCUCGGCGCCCUCCGUCCCCGAACAACUGGUCGGCAACGUGGAAAUUGGCUUCCACUCUGGUCUCUGCGCUGCUUCGUUCGCCAUCACCGACUAUGGCGUGUCUUACUCCAUUCUCGACCCGCCCAAGGAAGGGUCAACAGGUAUUCCCUUGGACUAUGCGUCGCCGGAGGACCGGUUCUUCCAGAGGGAACUCCUCGGCCCUCCGUCGGACAUUUGGACACUAGGUUGCUGCAUCAACUACCUCGCGGCAGACUUCACGCACUUUGCUCAGCCACUAGAUGGCGACGACUGCGACACGCAUGCAGCCAAGCUGGAGUCCCUGAUGGGGCCCAUGCCAGACCCGUUUAGGGCAGCGUACAAGGAGGAGCACAAGAAGGAGCCAAAACUCAGGUGUUUCAACCCGCAAGUCGCCAAGUCCGACGAGACCAACGAGGGGGAGCUGAAGCCCAUCACCGAGAAGCCACCAACAAACCCAUUCGAAGAGAGGGAGAGGGAGAUGGCUGCUGAGAUGGCGAAGACGGCCCAGAGGGGCGAGCGCGUGAUGAGUCCCGGCGAGGCGGUGUUCAGACGUAACCUGCAGAGGACGAUUUAUCUGUCCCAGACUCAGGAGGAGGCCGAUCAUAUGAAGAAGCAGUAUGAGCUGUGGCACUUGCAACAGGAUCACAACAGCAAGAAUACGACGCACACACUGCCAUUGCCAUAUAGCGAGAAAAGAAGGAACGGUGAUGAUGAAGAUGACGAUGAUGAGUACAUGGAGUUGCGUCUGGACAACGAAGAAGCCGAUCAGCUCUUUGAUCUACUCAUGUCCAUUUUCAAAUGGCACCCCAACGACAGGGCGACAAUUGAGCAGGUGCUUAGUCAUCCGUGGUUCGAGGGACGAAAUCGGAAUGCUGCAAAGGUGCCAUCUCCGGUUACAACCAAGAAGAGCGCGGUGGAUGGGGCCAUCGAGAGCGUCAAGUCGUACUUUCAUGUCAACGCCACCAGCCGCUGGGCUCAGGGACUCUCUUAG